GAGUGGGGUGGGCAGUUGACACCAUUAUCCGUGGACGAGCGAUGGUGCGAUUUAUUAAAUCGCACGGCGCAACUCUCGCCCUUUACAAGAAGAAGAGCCCGCGCGUUUCGCUUGUGCAUCCAGUUGAGACUCGCUUCACAUCAAUUUUCAUGAUGUUGACUUGUCUCCUUGGGAGACGCGACUCGCUGGAGGCGAUGUUGCAUGACGACGCCUGGGCGAGUAUCCCUUGGGAGCGGAGACUGCCACCCCAGGCGAGAUGGGUGCGUCUCCAGAUUCGAGAUGGCGAGUUCUGGCGCUAUGUUGAGUUCUUCAUUCUUGUGAUGGAGCCCAUCCAUCAGCUGCUGAGGCGGAUGGACAGAGGAGGGAUGAUGAUGUCCAUCGUCUACGAGUGGAGCCGUCAUCUCGUUCAGCUUCUAACGAAGCUGGACGUUGUGCCGGCCAAUCUUUUGACCCCGUGCGUGCGAGAGGUUAGGAUGCGGCUCAUGCACUUGUUGGAGCCCGCGCACGCUGCCGCUCAUCUCCUAAGCCCCCGUCGUCGGUCUUUGAGGUACUACGCGUCCCUCCACACCACGACGGAGGAUGCAGAGGUUGUACAGGAGUGUGAUCGUUUUCUCCUUGCGCAGACGGGAGGUGAUCCCACCAGCAGGGAUUACCUCGUUGCUCGUGACCAGAUGCGCCGAUUCCAUGCGCGCAGUGGAGACUGGGGUGACAGGCUGGUGUCGGAUGCCGAGGCGGAGGGUUGCCAUGGGGCUAAGGAGACGCACCAUUGCGUGGCGUGAACUGUUGGUACAUUCACCGACCGGGAGAUCAGGAGGCAGAUCGAUGUUUUUCGCAAGGACGACACAAGCCGUCCUCGAGAGGUUUCUGCCGUAUUCGAGGAUCGGGCGGCCAUUGUGCUCCCUUUCGACCAUGUGCCUCCUCCCCCAUCCCGGGGAGCAGGAGAGGGUUCCGCGGCAGCCGCUGAGGACGGAGAGGACGAUUGGACGGACGCAGAGGAUGUGGCGGGGGGCACAGACAGGACAGCGGAGCAGGUGUACUUCACGUACGGGGGCGGGUCGGACGGGCGUGCCCCGCGGACGUCCGUCAUCACGGACGAUGUCGCUGGCGGGGCACAGGGUAGCGCCACUCGACACCCUCCAGCGGGCCGAGGUCGUGGCGCCGUUGCUCGCGACGUUCACCCCCGCGCGAGGAGAGUUCUAGGGGUGGAGUCGAGUGACGAGGACGAGGGCGUGGCACCUCACGCUGACCGCCUGCGGGACCCUCGGUUCGAUCCGACCCACCACUCCAGGGAGCAUUCAGAGCAGCUUAGUCGAUCACACAGGUUGGCAGAGCGUAGCGUUCCGGCGUCCCAGCAGCCUCAGGACAUACCGGUCGCGGAGGGGACACCGUCACACAACGCCCCCGCACAGGCUGCGACAUCCUCUCUGCGCACCAGCGAUGUCGAUAUCGCGGGUUCGCAUGGGGGCUCACCUGUCUUACGAUGCAGAGUCCAUGACAGACCGGAUUACAGUACGGAUGUGAGGGAGAGGGAGGAGACUGUUGAGGAGAGGGAUGCUCGCCUGGAUCGCGAGGAGGAGGCACGGUUACAGUCCAUGCCUCGAUGGGAGGGCAGAGAGGCGUAUGAGGCCGAGCAGCCGAGGCAGAGGGAGUUAGAGACGAUAGGAGCGGGUCCGCCAUCGAGCGUCGGACGUAUGCCGACUUCUGACACGAUGCAGCCCCCCUCUGGGCCCUCUCAUGUUGUGGGUGGUGGUGUUGACACAUGCGGAUUCCCUGUUGGAGGCAGGGGGCAGGGAGAUGUGCCAUGCGAGGGUGGUCAUGUCGGGGGUGUCGAGACAGUCGGGGAAAACACAGGAGCGGAGAGCUCCGACGACGGCGAGGAGUGUGCGGCCGCCGAGGCUAUCGUAGGCGACGUCGUGAUUGGCAUAUGCGCGGCUGACACAGAUGGAGGGACUCAUGGAGGGGAGGAGGGGAUGGUGGACGAGGGCAGUGUGCCUUUGCCUCAGGAGGAGUUGGUGGACGAGGGGAGUGUUCCUUUGCCUCAGCAGGAGUUGGACGAGGGCGAUUCGGCUUUGCCUGAGGAGGAGUUGGUGGACGAGGGCAGUGUGCCUUUCGAGGCUUUUGUUGAUGGCGGGGCAGAGGAUGACGAGGAGGGAGUAGCGGUCGACGCAGGCCACAGUGCCCCGUCCGUGCGAGAUGGCGUGAUCGGAGGGCAUGUUGAGGAGGAGGGAGCAGCCAUCGACAUGUCCCUCGCGAUUAUUGUUAGGCACCCGUCGGUGCGAGAUGUCGAGAGAGGAGGGCAUAUUGACUCGGGCGGGCCGGGCCCUUUCUCCACAGGUGGGCAUUUCGGGGAGAUGCCUCAGUGGGAUGCCGGGGAACCGGGCGAGUGCACUCCGACCCCAUUACAUCCGGAGCAGCUAGAGAGGUUGGGGACGGAGGACCCUUUCCCGUUCACCGGUGGUCAGCCCUCGCCUCCCCGUGGGCUCCAGUGAGCCCUAGGUGGACCGGAUCAUCGCAGUCCGACAUCCGCGAGCGGGAGUCUUUGGAGA